AUGGUAUCAAGAGAGCAUGCGGGCACCAGGAUGGGUCUGCUGCAGCGGAGGUGCACUGGGCACCUGCUCUUUGCGCUGACCAUCCUCAAGGCUGCCGGGACCUUGGCCUUGAUGUUCUACGCGCUGAUGUUUGAAGCUGGGAACUUGGUCGACCUUCCUGACAAACGCAUUGGCUUUUACAACUUCUGCCUGUGGAAUGAGACAGCCAGGGUGCUGCAGUGCCUGGAUUACAAGUAUCUGCAGGUGAUGGGCAUCAGCCUACUAGGAAUGGCACUAGCCAGGGUUUGUGUGUAUGCCUGCCUGGUCAUCAGCAUCUUCUACCCCAUUGUUGUUGCACACGCGAAGCGCACAGAGGAGAGAGGGGUCUGGAAGCUGAUCAUUAUCAUACUCAUCAUCCAGACGAUAAUCCUGUCUGGAGGCCUGGGUUUGUUUCUUUUCCAGACCUCGCAGUGGAUUCACCCCUCUGAUUUCACUGGGGGCUUCCUGGCACUGCUUGGGACUCAGGCUCUGCUACUGCUCCAGAUUCUCACUGCCAUCGCGUACCUGAGCUGGGCCAAGCACACACAGCCGCAUCCAAGCCUUUUUACUAAGGAGGCCCUGCCCAUUGAGAUUUGA